GAUGAUUGUUAUUCCGUCAGAUAAUAUGAAAAAUUUGACUUGAACGAGGUAUAGUUCAAAGGGGCCCCGCCCCCCAAACAACUAGGGCGUGUGUCAAAAAACCCCGACUGGUUCAAAAUUACACCGGAAAGAAACAAAAAUACGGAACCGAACAAGACUAAGCACGAUGGCGGCUAGUGAUUCUGGGGACAUCCGUGAGGGCUUCCUGUGCCCGAUCUGUAUGAAGGACUUACAGACGGUGCAGCAGUUACAGAACCAUUUUGAGGAGGCACACAACACUGAGGCAGAUAAACAAGUGUUCCAGCAUCUGAAGGGUCUGUUUGGGAGGGCCAAGAGUAAGUUGUUGCGGCACGGGAGGGACCAGGAUGGCGUGAGGGCGGACCGGGGGACCGCGGUCGGACGUUCGGACAGCAGCGACCAGGUGGCCGCGAUCAGCACGGCGUACUACGUUGGCGGCGUGGAUCCGACAAUGUGGGAACCACAAGACUUCGGCACCAGUCGCAGCCACAUGGAUAACUUCAAGAAGAUCCGUGAUGCAAGAAUCGACUUCUACGUCAUCGAGAUGAACAAACUUCUCAUCAGACUUGAGAAGAUGUUAGCAUUUGAUAGGAUGAAUCCAGAUCCAGUCAAGAAAAAAGAGUUUGAGAUCGGCCUGGUCCCCUGGGCGCCAGACGACGCGGUGCCGUACUGCCCCACCUGUGGGGAGAAGUUUAACCUGUCCCGCCGACGGCACCACUGCAGACUGUGUGGGGGCAUCAUGUGUAACAGGUGCUCCGAGUUCCUCACACCGAUAUUCACAGCAAAGCUGGUAAACAAGGCGGGUAACCCCCCUGUACAGCACAUCCGGGGUGAGGAGAAGGGUCACCGUCGGCAGGGCAGCGCGGGAACACGUGCCAUGGAGAGCCUGCGCUCGCUGGUGGGCGAGGUGGUGGGGGAGGAGCCUCGGGAGGACGGCAUCAGGACGUGUCAGGACUGCAUGGCUGUCAUGAGGCGCAGGGAGAGACAGAUCCAGGAGAAAACAACAAAACCUGUCAUUGUGCAACUGUACGAGAAACUGCGCAUGUUGAUGGACAAGGUGGAGGCCAUGUGUCCGGAGUACACCAAAAUGGCCGAAUCUCUCAAUGCUGGUGAGACCAGCUACAACCUAGAACAUGCCAACAACAUUCGCAGUCAGCUGAUGAGAUGUUACGAGGCCAUUGACACCAUUGGGAAGAAGAUUGCUACUAUGGGAGCGAGUGGAGCUGAGCAGCAGCUGAGUCCCCAGGCCAUCCGGCUGCAGCAGGGCAUCCGCAAACACUGCACCCUCUUCAUCCAGGACAACGUCUUCGGUCUCCCGUCCUUACCCAGCGAGGACCAGCUCCGCAAGCUUCAGGAACAGCGCCGGUUAGAGAUCGAACAACGCUUAGCCUUGGAACGUCAGGCCGCGUUAGAAGCCGAGGAGCGACGGCGAAACGAGGAGCAAAGAAAACGAUCGCCAGAAAAAGACAGAAAAGGCGGCGCAACAGCAUCAACCGUAGACACAGCAAACCGAGAUCGGACAGAAAGUAUAGGAAAGGGGUGGACCCCCACGGUGGAUUCCAGUAGCGUAGCGACCACUGAGACAGACCCAAUGCUUCAGCAAAUGGACAUCAUCAGAAGUUUUGUAGAACAGGCCAGGGCUGCGGGACGUCUAGACGAGGUAGAAAUGUUAGAGGCCAAUCUGAGAGAACUCCAGCAGGAGUAUUGGAGACAACACAGGAGACAGGCGUAUCAGGAGUAGCAUACAUGUAGCACAUAAUCAAACAUGCAAACAUGGCUUCUUAUUUACCCACCUGAAACUGGACAUUUUUUUGGGCUAUAGUAACGUGGCAUGGUUUGUAGCCUUAAAUGUUGGUGCUCUGCACAAUUUCGUAUUACCAGGCUGUUUUUAGUUAACCUACUUAUAGUCAGCCAGGACUGAUAUUUUUUGCAAAGUAGGAAACACAAAACAUACCUACAGAAAGAAAGCCAUGAUGGUGGAAGUAGCUAGGACUUCAGGGAAUGCUGCUUUAUUGAGUUGUAUGACAUCAAAUUUUUAUACCCUUAAUGCAUGUAAUGUAUUUGCAGUUUAAGAAUGUAUUCUUUAACCUUUGCUCUAUUCCUUACUUCUACUUACUACUUGAUAACUGCAUACCAACAAUCCUAGAAACUUCAUAUCUUGAAAUUCUCAACUAAGAAAGGCUGGGGUGCUCUGCAGUUGAAAUGCAUUCAAAGUCAGGCACAGUUUGUUUUUUAUUACCAAUAUCAGUUGAAAAUGUUGCAGUGUUUUGACUAAUGCUUGCAGGUGCAUGCUGGUACAUGUAAGUAGAGCUGCAUGAUGGUAGGAAGAAUUGCAUGAUGGUAGGAAAAAUUGCAUGAUGGUAGGAAGAGAUGCAUGAAGGUAGGAAGAGAUGCAUGAUGGUAGGAAGAGAUGCAUGAUGGUAGAUUAGUCGAAGUGCGGAAUUGCAUGGUAUGAUAUGAAUUGCAAAAAAAACGGUUCAUAGGAGAGAUGCAUGCUGGGAUAAUGAAUUAUUGUAGGAAGAAGUGCAUGUUGGGUAGUUGAGAGUUGCAGGGCAUGUACAUGUGUAGCUAUAUGACAGGUGCAUGCUGGGAUCAUGAAUAGUCUAGGAAAAUUGCAUGCUGGAAAAUUCUGUGACAUAUUGCAUGAAACUAUGCUAGAUAAUAAUGGAUAUUUAGAUGCAUGAGUUUGCAUGUUGUAUAGAAUUUCAGUAAUUAAUGUUCAUGAUUUUAAUUGAUAUGCAUGAAGCCUAAAUUCAUAAUCACUGCAUAGCAACUGUUAAUUACAAGUUAAAAGUUUCUGAUAUGAUGUUAGUUCAUGUUAAAAGAUUUUCAUCUUUUGUUGAUCAUAAGAAUCACAAUAAUGUAGAUGAUAGUGUGAACAAGUUGUGCCGAUCCACAUUUUUGGAGCAUAUCUUGCUUGCAGAAAAUGAGAAUUUCAAGUUAUGACGUGAUCUGAGAUUGACAUAUUUUACAACUACAGUAUCUGCUCAUAUAAAACUUUUAUGACACCUGUACUGUUUUUCCUUAGUAAGUAAACCAAUGCAAAACUUACCAAACAAGAUGCAUGGAAGAAAACGUAACAAGAAAUAAACAUGUAUGAAUUAUUGUGAAUGUCUUAACCUAAUAAUUUGACCUUAAUAAAUGUUUUUCAAGCUAAUAUAUGACUAAAGAAAUGCCAUACAAAUAGAUCACUUUUUGGAGCAUAGAUUACAAAUGUACAAAAAUAUUUGC